AGCGCAAAGCCUGACGCGUCCCCCCUUUCUCAUCCCCCACCCCCACCGCCCACCGCCCAGCCUCUGGCGGCGAUGAGACAGAGCGGCACCUCCCAGCCCCUGCUGAUCAACAUGUACCUGCCAGAUCCGGUCGGAGACGGUCUCUUCAAAGAAGGGAAGAGCCCGGGGUGGGGGCCGCUGAGCCCAGCGGUACAGAAAGGCAGUGGGCAGAUCCAGCUGUGGCAGUUCCUGCUGGAGCUGCUGGCGGACCGCGCCAACGCCGGCUGCAUCGCGUGGGAAGGUGGCCACGGCGAGUUCAAGCUCACGGACCCAGACGAGGUGGCGCGGCGCUGGGGCGAGCGCAAGAGCAAGCCCAACAUGAACUACGACAAGCUGAGCCGCGCGCUGCGCUACUACUACGACAAGAACAUCAUGAGCAAGGUGCACGGCAAACGCUACGCCUACCGCUUCGACUUCCAGGGCCUGGCGCAGGCCUGCCAGCCGCCGCCGACCCACGCGCAGGCCGCCGCCGCCGCGGCCGCUGCCGCCGCCGCCGCCCAGGACGGCGCGCUCUACAAGCUGCCGGCCGGCCUCGCCCCGCUGCCCUUCCCCGGGCUCUCCAAACUCAACCUCAUGGCCGCCUCCGCCGGCGUCGCGCCCGCCGGCUUCUCCUACUGGCCGGGCCCGGGCCCUGCCGCCACCGCCGCCGCCACCGCCGCGCUCUACCCUAGCCCGGGCUUGCAACCCCCGCCCGGGCCCUUCGGCGCCGUAGCCGCCGCCUCGCACUUGGGGGGCCAUUACCACUAGACGCGCGGCCGGGUGCGCGCGGCCUCUCCCAGCCGCCCAGAGCCUCGCCAGGCCCCGUCCACGUCCCGAGGAGGAGUCCCCGGCGCCUCCCCGACGUUCCUCCGACCUCGGGUUUGACUGCAUCCUACGCCGCGCCCAGCCCCGGGGGAAGGAACCCGAAGCCCUCUCGGUUUUCCUUUAACACCGGACGUCCCCGGCUCCCCCCACCCCCAACCUCUGGGGGUGGGGGGAGGUGCCCGGGGCCCCUCACUCCCUCUCGCCUCCGACCUCUUCCAGACGCCAGGUCACUGCAGGGAGGCUCGCGGGCCUCCCUGGCCCUGGCGCAUCUCCCCCCGACCUGCGCUGGGGCCUGGCUCCUGGAAGCCCCUGCCAUUGCGACCCCUCUCUUCCGAAUCCCGAAUCUUUUCUCACUUUGUCUCUUCCCCACGGGGCUUCCCCAUCCCAUUGGGGGGGGUGGACGCCUCUCGCAGUUCAGCCUCUUCUCCUGGGCACCGGAGCAGGCUUGGGAAGGGCCGCCGACGGGGCCUCCGGGCCCUCUGCGUCCCGCCCGGCCUCUCUCGCCGACGCCCGGUGUGUCCCCUUCCCUUCCUGACCCAUUAAAG